AUGAAAGCAAUUAAAAUUAAAAAUACGGGAGGACCAGAGGUUUUAAAAUAUGAGGAGAUUCCUCGCCCUGAAAUUACAGAUCCGGACGAUGUGUUAAUAAAAAAUCAUUUUAUGGGUGUUAACUUUAUUGAUAUUUAUCAUAGAUCAGGCGAUUAUAAAAUUCCACUACCAGCAGUGCUUGGACGUGAAGGAGCAGGAGUUGUUGAUUCAGUUGGAAAUAACGUAAAAGAUAUCGUCCCGGGUAAUCACGUUGUUUAUUUUGGAGGAUCAAGUUAUGCAGAAUAUACCAAGACAUCCACAAAAUAUGGUUUAACUGCCUAUACUUUCGUUACACAAGCUUAUUCAGUUAAAAACGGAGAUUGGAUUCUUAUUCAGGCUGCUGCAGGUGGUGUUGGUGGUCUUCUGACUCAACUUGUAAAGAAUUUUGGUGCUCAUGUAAUUGGAACUGUCUCUAGUCCGGAAAAGGCGGAGUUAGCCAAAAAAGCAGGAGCAGAAUACGUCAUCAAUUCUACUUCACAAGAUGUUGUUAAAGAAAUUAUGCAAAUUACUAAUAAUGAAGGUGUUCAUGCGGUCUAUGAUGGAGUGGGAAAAGCUACAUUAGAAACAUCUUUAAAUUGUGUACGUCGACUUGGAACAUUUAUUUCAUAUGGAAAUGCUAGUGGAAUGAUACCACCUUUUGAUAUUUAUAGACUUUCGGCGAAGAAUGUAAAAUUAGCGAGACCUACUAUUGUAAAUUAUAUUUAUACUAAAGAAGAAUUUCAACAAUGUACUAAAGAAUUAUUUGAUUUAAUUAUUAAUGGAAAAUUAAAUAUAAAAAUUUGGAAAAUAUAUAAAUUAAGUGAGGUGAGACAAGCUCAUGAAGAUUUAGCACAACGAAAGACUUCUGGAAAAUUACUUUUGGAACCUUAA